GUUCACGAAGGUCUUGCACGCUAAACAUGGCCGCCUCGGCAGUGAAGGCUGCUAUGGCAGUGCGUUCGCGUGGUGGUCGGCCCAUUGCUUUUGUCAGAAAAAUUCCUUGGACGGCGGCGGCGAGUGAGCUGAGAGAGCACUUUGCUCAGUUUGGCCACAUACGAAAAUGCUCUGUACCUUUUGACAGAGCAACUGGCUUUCACAGAGGUAUGGGUUGGAUUCAGUUUUCUUCACAAGAAGAACUUCAGAAUGCAAUACAACAGGAAAAGCAUAUUAUUGAUGGAGUAAAGCUCCAUGUUCAAGCUCGGCGACCCAGAAUUUUGCAGGGGGAUCAAACAUCUGAUGAAGAGAAAGAUUUCUGAGAUUAUUAGUGAACUACCUAUUAAACAUAUGUAACUGAGAA